AUGGCUCCUCACGCAGACGACACACACGCCCCUGCUACUGGUAUCGCAGUCGAGGCGUCAAGAGAAGCGGCAGCUUCUGGAUACACCGUCGAAGCCUCCAACGUCACAUACAAUGACGAAGAUAUCCUCAGCAAGUACCACUACCGUACCACAAAGGUCAAACGCACAGGCGGCAAGGUUGUGGCCACACCGCACGAGGCUCUUUACGACUUCAAGACCAAGCGUCAUGUCGGCAAGGUCGGUAUGAUGCUCGUCGGUCUAGGAGGUAACAACGGCACGACAGUCACCGCGGGUAUCCUCGCCAACCGCCGCAAGCUUGUAUGGGAGACCCGUGAGGGCCCACGAGCAGCAAACUACUACGGAUCUGUUGUCAUGUCAUCGACCGUCAAGCUCGGAAUGGACUCCGAGACUGGCGAAGAUGUCAACAUCCCACUUCAAGGCAUGCUACCCAUGGCACACCCCAAUGACUUKGUCAUCGGCGGUUGGGACAUCAGUGGUAUGGAUCUUGCUGCGGCUAUGGACCGGGCUCAGGUUCUCGAGCCCACAUUGAAAGAAAUGGUCAAGAAGGAGAUGGCAGCAAUCACGCCUCUUCCUAGCAUCUACUACCCCGACUUCAUCGCCGCCAACCAAGGCGACCGGGCAGACAACCUCAUCCCUGGUUCCAAGGCCUCCAACGAGCACGUUGAACACCUCCGCAAGGAUAUCCGUGACUUCAAGGCGAACAAUGGACUCGACAAGGUCAUUGUUCUCUGGACUGCCAACACGGAACGUAUUGCAGACCUUUUGCCUGGUGUGAACGACACUGCCGAGAACCUCAUGAAGUCCAUCGCCAGCGGUCAUGAGGAGGUCUCUCCUUCAACGGUCUUCGCUGUUGCUAGUAUUCUUGAAGGCGCCCCAUUCAUCAACGGCUCGCCACAAAACACCUUCGUCCCAGGCUGCAUCGAGCUUGCCGAGCAGCACAACACCUUCAUUGGUGGUGAUGACUUCAAGUCCGGCCAGACAAAGAUGAAGUCUGCUCUUGUUGACUUUUUGAUCAACGCUGGAAUCAAACUUACCUCCAUUGCAAGCUACAACCAUCUCGGAAACAACGAUGGCAAGAAUUUGUCGUCUCAAAAGCAGUUCCGUUCCAAGGAGAUCAGCAAGUCGAAUGUUGUCGAUGACAUGGUCGCUGCCAACAACGUCUUGUACGCCAAGGAUGAGCACCCUGAUCACACCGUCGUGAUCAAGUACAUGCCUGCCGUUGGUGACAACAAGCGUGCAAUGGACGAGUACUACGCCGAGAUCUUUCUCGGUGGCCACCAGACCAUCAGCAUUUUCAACGUAUGUGAGGACUCACUCCUUGCUUCGCCACUCAUCAUCGAUUUGGUGUUGAUCACAGAGUUGAUGACCCGGAUACAAUGGCGCCGCGACGGCGAGUCGGACUUUAAGAACUUCCACAGCGUCUUGAGCGUUCUCAGCUACAUGCUCAAGGCACCCAUGACACCUCCAGGUGCACCAGUGAUCAACUCACUUGCCAAGCAGCGCAGUGCCCUCAUCAACAUCAUGCGAGCAUGUGUUGGAUUGGAAGCCGAGAACGACAUGACUUUGGAGCACAAGCUGUACUGA